AUGCUCGGUAUCCGUACCGCACUUAAGCCCGACUUGGAGUGUUCCGCUGCCGAACUUGUCUACGGUACCACCCUACGGAUUCCCGGGGAUUUUUUCGGGCACUCUCAAAGCUCAGGCGACUUGGAUCCCAGCGAUUAUGUGCAAAGAUUGCGCCAAGCCCUGACUCAUCUUCGAGCCACUCCUCCACGUCCUUCAACAAGUAAGUCGUACGUCGACCCGAACUUACUAACAUGUUCUUUUGUAUUUGUCCGCGUAGAUAGCGUUCGCCGGCCACUACAACAGCCCUAUGACGGCCCAUUUCGAGUACUAUCGCGCAAGGACAAGCACUUUACAAUUGAUCGUGGAGGCCGCACCGACGUGGUCUCAAUCGAUCGCUUGAAGGCGGCUUAUACCGAGCCUCUUCCAACUUCUCCAACGUUAAUUACUGGGGUCAGAGUUGAUGUGAUUACCGCUUUUUAGUCCUCACCUGAGUUGGUAAAUGCCGUAAUUCAAUUAAAGUUAAAAAGUGAAGCUGGCAAACACGUAUUUUCGGUAACUCUUCGUCAGGCCAAUACAGUUACAUGAAGGAAUGAAAAUGUACAAAGUUAACAGUGCUUAUUGGUAUCGUAAGGGCGAUUAAGUUAUUAACACUCAUCUCCCCCACGCCGCCCGCAUGACGAGGUCGGCGGGUUUUGGUCCUUAGAGCUGGGGGAGGGGGGUACGAGAGUCUUUGAGUGAUGUUCUUGGUUUGAGUACACGGAGUACCCAUCAGGGAUUUGAGGCGGCAUGUUGUCAUCACUUCGGGUUGGCGUUGGCCACGGCAGGGAGAGCGCUUGGGUCAGGGUUUUCUGACAGAAUAACGCCGGAUCCGCUAGUCGCAUAGCCACUGCCUCGGCCGUUGCUAGUAUUCGUUGGCGUAGGCCUUUAGAGAAGCAUGUUGGUGUCCGGUAGACAACCUGAAAUGCUUCCUUGGCAUCGACUCUUAAGGAACUGCAACUGACCCAUUAAUGAAUAACUCGCCGAUCCCGUCGAGGUUCGAACUCACGACAGCGAGAACAAGGCCUCAGUAAAGCCAACGCUCUAACUACCUGAGCUACGAGACCGCGACCGAUACCCAUGAGUCUAAUUUCCUUUCAUAGGCAGACUUGUGGCGGCCUGAGCGAUGGAGAUGUCCUAGAUGCCGCGAUAAUCUGGUCGGGUGUUAGUUGACAGUGCAUGACGGAGGAUACCAGGUCAAGGCAGGAUCUCUGUUCAGUCACUGUCGCGGCAGCUGAAACCACGGGGUUGACCCUAGCCACUACGUCAUUCAGGCCCGAUCCAGAAUACAAACAGAAGUUGCUGGGAGUCUCUUGAAGAAGGAGACACUAUCGCCGGGACAAGAGCUUUAUUAGUCUGACGUUUCGGAUUUCUACACGAAUCCAUCAUCAGAGACAAAAGAGCAGAAACGGGUGGUUGCUGCACAAGGGGCUGCGGUAUUUAUAGGAUGCAGUAACCAUGCUACCCCAUACCUAUGAACAUUCACGGCUCCCCCUUCAUCCGGGAUCGUCGCACUUGGUGUGAUCGUUGCUUGAUGGCCGACAUUCGAGUCGACAAUUGCUGCAAUUUCAUCAGGUGCGUUGGAUGUUGGCGUGAUGACUGCUCGACCAUCUGACGCACCGACCCUGGAGUUGGGAAAAGUGUUCACCUCUGCGCUCCCCGCAUGGCUUGUUACUCCGCCUAGGCGAAGUUUUAGCACGGAGUAUGGAGUGGGAAGAUCGUUGCACUGGUUGAUGGACUGGGGGCCAGUAAACCAUGAUUCCCGUAGCUCCCGGCUCACGCGGUUGUCACCUCUUGCGAGAAUUUCGGCCCCAUCGAAUUUGAAUCUGUGGCCGGAUCUCGUCGAAUGAGCCGCAACUUGAGAGCUGGCGUCAUUUCUGCGCACCGCUGCCGCGUGUUCGGCCAUUCUCGUUCAGAGCUGUCGUCCGGUUUCUCCAACGUAGUUGCUUUGUCCGCAACUGCACCAGAUCCGAUAAACGACUCCAGACGUUUCUAGCCGUGGCAGUGGAUCUUUCGGUUUCAUGACCAGACGCCUGAUGGUUGCCUCCGGUCUGUGUGCCACUCCAACCCCAAGUGGUGCGAGAAGGCGGCCGACAGCUUUCGAAACGUUCUUGACAUAUGGAAGUGCCCGCCAAGACUUGGUGUCCGUUCGGUUAGGCCUUUCGUCCCUUUUGCGUAUGCACCGGUUGACGAAGUUGCGCGGAGAGCCGUUGGCUUUGAAGGCACUCGUCUCUUCUCUGCUAUUGGCAGAGGAUGCUCCAUUCUGUACAGAAAGACUAGAGAACCGGUUGGAAUAAGUUAGCGCCAGACGAGAGAACACGUCCGGUGCCAUGAGAGCGGCGCCCCGAGUGAUAAUGGAGAAUGCGUCACAGUGCAGCGCCCAACGGAAUGUACAGAGUUGUUUGAAUAGACUGAGGUUACUGUUGGCGCAGGUCCUGAGUGGGAAUGGUAUGACCACGUGCCAGAGAGGAUGGCCGGUGUUCCUGUGGACUAAGAGUGCUCAGAGCACUAUAAAACGGCAGGCCAAAUCCUGAGUUGUAGGGAAAGACAGACGUGACCAGAGUGAGGAUUUUAUUGUAUACAGAACGCCGAGUUUUCCUCCCCCCUGGGAGAAGUGGACGCUGGCGAGGCCAGGGCUGGUGUUGACUGCGCCCAGUCAUGCUUGAGAAUCCAUGAGGCAGUGGUGGCAACCGUUUUUGUAGGUUUGUGGGCAAUCUGAAUUGGCGUCCAAUUAGUGCGCGUUGAUUUGUUGGGGGGGGGGCGUGGUGUUGUUUAAGUAGAUAAUAUUGGGCUCUCAAGGAGGGGGGGAUGUUCAACUGACGCAUGGGCAGCUACGACACUGGACGUACAUGAGUCCGAGUAGAAGCCAGUCGAGUGGCUGAAGGUCAGCACGAGUGGAACCAAGCAAGUGGCCUUGACGCAACGGGACCUUGAACAAGAACGCCCGGCAUGGUCAUGAUGGCUGUCUGCACCAUUCCUUCACUCUUGUAGCAGUCGCUCUAGUCUCCCUUUUCUCCGGCUCCGUUUUGUCGGUCGAUGGCCGCGACAGUCGUUGCCAGGCCGCUGGCACACGACCACCCCGUCGGCUAGAAUUGGGGCCCCUCCUGUCCAGCUGCAAUGACUCCCGGCUGUCGUCACAAACUAUCAUCACCUCACGCGCGUCGGACGACCUGACUUGA